CGCACUGCUUCUUGACACAAUGCCGGCUUAACCCGGAAAGGGGGGGAAACACCGUACACCUGGCGACCGUGUCAGUGUGCACUGUGCCAGGAGUCGCUAGUGCUCGAUGGGACAAGAACAUCCCUGCCAGCCAAACCCUGGACGAUGCUGGGCCAAUUCUGCGCCGCCCCAUGGGUCUCACGGUCGCGGCAGAACCUGGACUCUAACCAUGAUCUCUAGUGGCACAGCUAGACAUGUGAUGCAGGGCCUUAGACCACUGCGCCACUCGGGAGGCCCCACUAACUUAUCAAAUCAUUGAUAAUAAUGUGUAUUAUUACUGAGCUGGAACAGAAGUCUGCUCACCCAGUAGAUCAGGGAGUGGAGCAAGGUUGUCCACCUCUGGUAUGGACUCUUCUUGUUCACCCGAAAUUAUGCUUUAGUAAUAAUAGCCUACUUACUAAAAUGUCUAACAUUUACAAACAAGUUAGAUUACUUGUACAUUAUGAAAUGAUAUGUUGAUUCAUUCAAUGUUGAUUCAUUGAAGUGAAGCGUUUAAACUUGUUUUAAUUGUUAACUUAAAACAUUAUUCAAGAUGAACUAGUGUCAAUCUUCAUUCAUCACGGAUCACAAUUCUGCAAUAAAAAAAAGGUGUGAAGGGGAUCUGUCUCGAAUUUGUCUGUGUUGCUUUCUCAAAUGAACAUGACCUUUUUGUCCAGUUGUGAGCUCUCCAAAUCAGUUUUAUUUGAUUGUCAAUGUCUCAGGAUAUCAGCCAUGUGAACCCAUUUUGCAGCUUAUCAUAAUGGAAUGCAUCACCAAUGCAGCCACAGGCCUACAGUAUAAUGGCAUUACUGGCCUAAUGGGUAUGUGCAAUCAAUGUGCCCCUUGUCAUUGUACAUCUAAAGCAGAGAAUGGCUAAACUCACAUAAUUUGCAUAUUGAUGAGCAAGCUAUAUGUUCUCAAUUUAAAAUGAUAGACAUACAUAAUGCAUGAGGCUAACCAUAAGCCAGAUUUCCUGCAUGAUUUUUCUGACCUGCAAUUGUUUAGUGCAAAUCCAACCCUUUUAUUCUAGGUACAGUAUUGUACAUGGGGAAAAAUAAGCUGGCUAUUUGUAAGCCAAUUAAAAAUGUAAAAAAAUAAAAUAAUGUGGCGUGGGGAGCGUUGUAAUUCUACCUCGUUUACUUGCCCAGAAUGAUUUUAGAACACAAAAUCAGAAGGUCAAUGGCAUGGAGUACUGCAGAGAUGGUGUUGAUGGUGGGUAAAGAUAGAUUUGCAAAGCUACAAUUUCCUUUCCCCAAAUUACCCAUUCAUGUGAAUAUAGGCCAAUUUAUUUUACAGGAAGUGAGCUAUAAUUAUCAAUGUCAUGACACAAGUAUAAAUUUCACAAUUUAAUUUACAACACAUUCACAAAACGGUGGCUUUGAUGUUUAGGUUGAUUAAUGUUCAUAGCUAGCUAGCAGCACAAGCAAAUAUUGUUGUGCCAAUCUCUCUUCACCCACCAUCAACACCAAAAAUCUCUGCAAUCCUCCUCCAUGCCAUUGACCUUGUGAUUUUGUCUCCAUAUUAUAGCAAAGCAAAAUCAUAUAGAAUUGGGAAAACCAGACACAGUAAUGAUUUGCUUUCCUCCAUCUUUUUUGGUUGUGCUUGCCUGGAACUAAUGACAGGCGGAACUAUGUUUCACGAAGAUCUGCUCCUCACCUGAUUGGUUAACAGCAGCGGUGGCCGCGUGGAAUUUGCAUAAAGUAGAGCAGAGCUUAAGUUUCUAUCGCUCCGCUAGCAGGGUUCGUGGCCCUCACCUUCCCACAAUCCCCUGUGCAUUGCUCCGCGUGCUACCGUUGAAAAUGAAUGGGGGCGGGACUUCGUCUGGCGAAUUCGGAAGUGGUGGAAACCCUACAUUACCUACCCGUACAUACCGUAGCUACUUCAUACUCUUAUUAGGCCAAAUUAAGACAGCAUGUCGAAAAGGUCUGCAGUAUGGCAGCAUUUCAUUGUAGUAAAGGAUGACGCCAAAAAAGUGGAAUGCAAACUCUGCAAACAGCGGUUUGCUUACCAUAGUUCGACAACGAAUAUGACAUACCACUUGAAAGCAGCGCAUCCCCAGUACAGCACGAGCACCUCCACUGCUAGCUCAGGUUUAACCCAAACCACCUUGGACCAGAAGUCCCCAAUCUCAGAAAAAAGAAAGAGAGAGAUAACCGAUGGUAUCGUGGACUUCAUUGCCUUGGACAUGAGGCCCGUUAACCUGAUAGAGGGCGUGGGAUUUAAGGAUAUGAUGAAAAUCCUGGAGCCUGGUUACACCGUUCCCAAGAGAGAGACUGUUAUGCAUGCUCUGACAGCGAAAUAUGAGAACACAAAAGAGAAGGUUUUGGAGUCUAUCAAAAACAGCCAGGCAGUAAGUUUUACAACCGACAUGUGGACCUCACUGAGAAUGGAGUCUUACAUGACCGUAACUGCCAAUUUCAUUACGGAGGCCUGGGGACUGCAGUGUCUUGUGCUGGAGACAAAGCAAAUGGAGGAGAAUCACACCGCCGCCACCAUUGCGCAGAGACUUGGAGAAGUGGCUGACAAAUACGAAAUUCCAGGAUGUAAAAGGGUCGCUGUGGUACACGACAACGCCGCAAAUAUGAUUUUGUGUGCAGAUAUACUGGGUCGGGAGGAGAAAUGGGCAGGCGUUAAAGGAAUCAGAUGCGCUGGACACACCUUACAGCUGUGCAUCAACGCCACUCUCAAUCAAGACCCCAUCUGUCGCACUGUGGCUGCAGCCAGACACCUUGUGGCUCAUUUUAAGAAGCGAGCAAAAGCCAGAAAGGGACUAAAGGAGAAACAGAAACAACAAAAGGUGGUUGAACACGUCCUGAUCCAAGACGUUUCCAUGCUGUGGAAUUCUUCUCAGACCAUGCUAGCGCGUCUGAUAGAACAGAGAUGGCCCGUAACAGCAGUGCUCUCCGACCCCAACUACACCGGGAAAAAUGAACGCAACCUUGAUCUCACCACAGCGCAAUGGAACAUAGCAGAGGACAUUUCGAAUGUGCUGAAGCCGAUUGUCACUCUGACGGAGUUGCAGUCCGAGGAGGAAAACGCAUCAUUAUCUGCAACCAUACCCAUGCUGACCAACCUCAAACGCCGCCACUUGGCAGCAGUGGAGGACGACAGCCCUACCACUAAGAGUCUUAAAACAAGGCUGGUGGAGGAAUCCGACAAAAGAUGGCAGCUCAAAGACCAACUUUUUGAGAGUAGUUUAUACGUCCAAGCAGCAGUCGUAGACCCCCGCUUCAAGCUGCUUUCGUUCCUUGACGAUGCAAAACGGGACGUAGCCUACAUCAACGUGUCCCAGCUGGCCGACCGUUUGAGCGCCGAGGGAGACAGAGACAGCUCUACAUCCACGGAUGAAGAGGAGGUACCCGCACCAAAAAGAAAAAAAACGGACAAGGAGCGGGAGAUUGAUAUGCUCAUGUGUGGAGAUGGAGAGAAAGAGGAUCAGGGAGAUAGCAAAAAAGAAGUUAAGUAUUAUCUCCAAGAUAGAACGAAAGUCGACGCUGGACCACUAGCUUGGUGGGGGAAAAAUGAGGACAGGUAUCCGAAGCUGGCCAGAGCAGCGAAAUAUCUCCUCUCCAUUCCGGCCACCUCCACUCCAUCAGAGCGGAUCUUUUCCAAGGCAGGGUUUAUAUUCAAUAAAACGAGGAGCAGCCUUCUGCCCGAAAAUGUUGACAAGCUGGUGUUCCUGUCUCAUAACUUGAAAAGAUUGAGGAAGUAGGCUAUUAAGCGGCAGCCCAGGUCUAUGUGAGUAAGUAGGCUAGUCCGAUACAGUUGACAGAUGGAGAAGAUGAAGCUAUUAUGCUAAAUAUUUGGAAUUGUAGAAUAGCCUAUGCUUAUUUGUUUUUAUAGCCUAGGCCUAUACAAGCCAUUUUAUAUGUUCAGCAUUAGUUUAAGCUGCUGUUGAAUGCGAUUUAAAAAUAGGCUACAACUUGAUCUUUAUUUUGUUAUUCAUGUAUUUUAUUCAUUAUUAAACAUAUUUACUGUUUAAUGUUCAACUAAGUUAAUAGUCACUAAUACUGUUCAACUAUGUUGAUUGAAUACUAUGCCUACUGGCUGUAACUGCUGCUGUUCAUUAUUUUAAUUAUGCACAAUUUAAAUAGUUCACUUUCUUAUGUUCUUAAUAAUUUGAUAUUUCCAUUUUGCAAUACAGUACCAGUCAAAAGUUUGGACACACCUACUCAUUCAAAGGUUUUUCUUUAAUUUUACUAUUUUCUA